AUGCUCUCGCUCUGUGCUAGAUCUACACAUAGAGGCCUGCUCCGCGGACUCCUUGUAGCUCGGUCGGCGUCAACUGCUGCCAAUUUCGAUGUUCUCUCGGAUUGUCAAAUUCUAGACAAAAUAUCAAAGAAGGAGAUAUCGGUGCACAAAUUAGAAAGUGUUUUAUCCGAUCCUGUGAGAGCUCUCCAAAUUCGGAGGCAGUUUUUGUUUAAAGAUGCUGCAAAAGAGAAGUUUCAUGAUCUUCCGUCGAAUAACUGGGAUUCUACCAGCUUUUUCUCGCGCGUCACUGGACACAACUGCGAAUCGGUCGUGGGAUUCGUUCCGGUUCCAGUUGGAAUGGUAGGACCCAUCCUAGUCAAUGGAGAACGUCACUACAUUCCGAUGGCUACAACCGAAGGAGCUCUCAUUGCUAGUACAAACCGUGGAGCGAGAGCGAUCACGGAGAGUGGUGGAGUGACGAGUGUGGUUGUGGACGAUGGAAUGACGCGUGCUCCCGUGUUUAAGUGCGAAUCGGUCCUGCAAGCAGCCAAGGUCAAGCAAUUCGUAGAGUCUCCGGAAGGCUUCUCUUUGGUUUUCAACGCCUUCAGCCAGACCACAAAACACGGGAAACUGGAAUCCAUCAAGUGCUUUGUGAGCGGAAACAGGCUGCACAUGCGUCUGAAAGCCAACGCGGGCGACGCAAUGGGCAUGAACAUGCUCACGAAAGGCUCCAACAAGGUCGCCGAUGCGCUGAUCAGCCAAUUCCCCACGCUCAAACUGGAAUCGCUCUCCGGAAAUCUCUGCACGGACAAGAAGCCCUCCGCGAUCAACUGGCUUUUAGGUCGUGGCAAGUCGGUGACUUGCGAGGUUCGGAUCCCAGAGCGAAUCAUGCGCAGCGUGCUGAAAUGCCGCGUUCACGAUAUCGUGCAGCUCAAUACCGCUAAAAACCUCGUGGGAUCGAGUUUGGCAGGGACUCUGGGAGGAAACAACGCUCACGCAGCGAACAUCGUCGCUGGCAUCUUUUUGGCGACGGGCCAAGACAUGGCGCAGGUCGUGGAGUCGUCGCACUGCUUGGACUACAUGGAAGAAGAAGAAGAAGAAGGCGAAGAAGGACAGGAGAAAACGCUUUACAUGUCAGUGACGAUGCCUUCGAUUGAGGUGGGAACGAUCGGAGGUGGAACGGGACUCGCUCCGCAGCACGCCUGCAUCGAGCUGAUGAAAGAAUGA